AUUCAUGGGGAAUGAAUACCAGUCCUAGGGAAAGAGGAAGACCAAAUAAGAGAAAACCUGCCGAAGCUGGAAAUAAAAGUAAUACACACAAAAUGCUGGAGGAACUCAGUAGGCCAGGCAGCAUCUUUGGAAAAGAAUAAACAGUUGAUGUUUUUGGGCUGAGACUCUUCUUCAGUACUGGAGGAAGAAAGAGGAAGAUGCUCUGCUGGGAUAGACUUCAUGGUUGAUGAAUACAUUCUGGAGACAGGCACAAUCCAAAUGUUCAUAUCACUUGAGAAGAAGAAGAGGAAGAUGAAGGGAAAGAAGGGGCAGAAGAAGGAGAAGAAGGACAAGAGGAAGGAGAAGAAGAGGAAGGACAACAGGAAGAGGAAGAAGAGGAAUAAGAAGAAGAGGAAGAAGGAGAAGAAGAAGGACGAGGAAGGAGAAAGAAGAGGAAGAGGAUGAGUAAGACAACAGGAUAAAGUAGUAGUAGGACAAGAGAAAGGAGAAGAAGAGGAAGGACAACAGGAAGAGAAAGAAGAGGAAUAAGAAGAAGAGGAAGAAGGAGCAGAAGAAGGAUGAGGAAGGAGAAAGAAGAGGAAGAAGAUGAGGAAGACAACAGAAGAAGAGGUUGAAGAAGGAGUAGUAGAAGGACAAGAGAAAGGAGAAGAAGAUGAGGAAGAAGAAGAACA